AGACAUCACUAGUGUAACGUUUAUUCCCAUUAUGUACGAAUACUAUAAAACUAUACUGAUAUGCUGCCAAUCACGUUUGCAGUUUAAAACGAACUUACAGGAACAUAUUAACAAGGAUCUGUGAUACCUACAACAGAACUAACAGGAGUUACUAAUCUCCAAAGCUGGCCUCAAGAAAUAAUAUUUAUUACAACGGCCUAAAUAAUGAAAUAAAGUUGGCAUGCUCUGCAAGUUGGUGGUAGCAGUAACAUUUUUGCUGGUUUGGACAGCAGCUGCCGAACUUCCAGCGUAUAGGCUCCCCACAGAUGUCAUACCACAUCACUACAACCUCAUUCUCUCGACAGACCUGGACCGGUUUAUCUUCAAUGGUUCAGUGGAUAUCAAGAUUGAAUGUAAGAAAGCAACAGAUGUAAUCAAGAUCCACUCAAAGUCACUGAAGAUCGCUGAUAAGAGUGUAACAUUGAGGGGAAUUGCUGAUUACAGUUUGAUGACUGUCAGUGGUGUUACUUUGGACAUUGAUAAUGACUUCCUUAUUAUUCAGUUACAAGAACAACUGAUGCCUGGAUCACUCUACUUACUUCAGAUCAGGUUCCUAGGCAAUUUAACCGACAGUCUGGUGGGGUACUACAGGUCUGGCUAUGAGGACCAAGUCUCCAACACUACCAGGUGGCUGGCAGUUACACAGUUCGAGCCAACUGAUGCGCGCAGAGCUUUCCCCUGUUUUGAUGAGCCAGCCAUGAAAGCCAAGUUCCGCAUCAGUCUCGGACACAAAAACAGUUUACACUCUGUUUCCAACAUGUUUCUCACCAGUUCUGUAGAAGAUAAAGAAAGACCAGGCUGGGUGUGGGACCAGUACGAAGACAGUGUGCCAAUGUCAACUUACCUAAUAGCUUUCUUGGUUUCCGACUUUCAGUCCAAACAGACGCUUUCACACUCUAACAAUGUACUGUUUCGUGUCUGGGCCCGUAAAGAUGCAAUCGACCAGACUGAAUUUGCUCUCAACUGCACUCCAAAGAUCCUAUCUUUCUAUGAAGAUUUCUUCAAAAUAAAAUUUCCCAUAGUAAAGUUGGACAGUGCAGCUAUUCCAGACUUUUCUGCAGGAGCUAUGGAAAAUUGGGGUCUGGUUACUUACAGAGAGAGCUGUUUCCUGGUGGAUAAUAAAACAGCAGCAGUCAGAGACAAGUACAAUGUAGCCAACAUAAUAGCCCACGAACUGGCCCAUAUGUGGUUUGGUAACCUAGUUACAAUGAGAUGGUGGACAGAUCUGUGGCUCAAUGAAGGGUUUGCUACUUUUGUAGCAAGACUGGCUGUGCAGCGGGAAUUUCCAGAAUGGAACUCUUACAAUUUUGAAGUUUUAUUGAAUUUAUUAGAUAUUUUCCCCCUUGAUGCUUUGAAGUCAUCUCAUCCAGUUUCUGUUCCAAUUGGACACCCAAAUGAGAUCAACCAAAUUUUUGAUUCCAUAUCUUAUAGUAAAGGUGCUUUUCUGCUACAUAUGAUGAAUGGUUUUCUCGGUGACAAUGUUUUUCGCAAUGGAGUCAAUAUGUACUUGCAGCAGUUUUCAUAUGGGAACUCUGAGACUGAUGAUUUGUGGAACUGUCUGACGUUGGAGGCGGCCAAGACCAGAGUGCUACCUCCUGGCCAGACAGUGAAGAGCAUCAUGGAUUCUUGGACUCUACAGACUGGCUACCCACUUGUCACAGUGAAGAGAGAUCAUGGAAGAAUCACUGUGUCUCAGAAACGUUUUCUCACAAUUCAACACACGUCAGGAGAACAAUCCAAAGAGUGUUGGUGGAUACCACUGACUUUUUCCACUGCCAUUAAAAACAACUUCAACGAGACGCAAAGCACACAUUGGUUGAGUUGUGAUGUUCCUGAGCUGACCUUUGACACAGGAUCCCAAUCUUCGGAUUGGAUAAUAUUGAACAAUAAAGCUACUGGGCUGUACCGGGUGAACUAUGACCAUCACACCUGGUCUCUUCUAGCUAAAGUCCUUUGCAGUCCAAACUUUGCAGCAAUCCAUGAAUUAAACCGUGUACAGUUGGUGAUGGACUCCAUGUCUUUGGCAAAACUGGGUCUUCUGGAGUACCGUUUAGCGAUCAGACUUCUAAAAUACAUCCGCAAAGAGAGAGCCUACAACCCUUGGCGUGCGGCUUCCACUUGUCUUCGGGAACUGGAGGCUCUGCUGUGGCGCACUGAGAAGUUUGAUCAGUUCAAAAAGUUUGUCCAACAUCUGUUAUCAAGAACAUACAUGACUUUCAGUGAUAUGACUGCAGUGCCAGAAAAAUUUGAAGACAUUAAACUAAAAGAGAUGAUAGUGAAAUUGGCCUGUGACUAUCAAGUGGGUGACUGUAUCCAAAAGGCAGAUCAGUUGUUCAAAAAUUGGAUUUCCACUGGUGUCAAUACGAUUCCCCAGGAUUUGAGGAGUACUGUCUAUUGUGUGGGAGUGAGAAAUGGAGGUCAAAGAGCCUGGGAAUAUGUUUGGAGUCAGUACCUGAAUUCCAAUAUCGCCAGUGAAAAAGACUUAUUCCUACAAGCUUUGGCUUGUACAGAGAACAACAUUCUUUUAACAAGAUAUUUAGAACAAUCCAUCGAUGCUACUUCGGGUAUACGCAAACAAGAUGCUUCUUUUGUGUUUGUCAGCAUUGCGCAGACCACCAAACUGGGUUAUAUGCUUGCACAAGAAUUUCUAUUAAAGAACAUACAAAAAAUAUAUGACUAUGUGUCACCAAAUACUAGGUCACUUGGAAGGUACAUUUCUGUUUUGACUAAAAGAAUGGUUUUUCCUGAAGAAUUUGGAGAGAUGACGAAGUUUGUAUCACUUCAUGAAGUACUCCUAGAAAAGGCACAGAUGCAAAUAAACCAAUCCUUGGAAUUUGCAGAGAGCAAUCUUAAGUGGAUGGAAUCCUUCUACAACAAAAUCUCGAAGACUUUUGUUCUAAAAAGUCCUUAAAUUAAACUAUUUUACAUUAUAAAUGAUAUAAAAUAUAAACAUUUUUUCAAUA